CCCUCUCUGCAUAAGGCGGUUUGCCUAAUUAUACGUUUCCUUCCACUAUAAGUGCGCGACACCUCCCGGCCGGCCCAGCUCACAUCCGCCUCUCUCUCUCUCUCCUCGCACCGCGUCCCCUCCCUCUCCUGUCGCGUGCGCUCGGCCAGCAAAAAGCUUCCACAUAAAGGCCAACAAGAGAAACCAUAAUCUGUUGGGUGCCAGUCAAACCUCAACAACAAAGUUUCAUGUCUGAUCUCGACGUUACUCUGCCAUCUGCCUUCGAUCCUUUUGCUGAGGCAAAUGCUGAGGAUGCUGGUGCAGGCCCCGGCGCAAAAGAUUAUGUGCAUGUGCGCAUCCAGCAGCGCAACGGCAGGAAGAGUCUGACCACUGUCCAGGGCCUGAAGAAGGAGUUCAGCUACAACAAGAUCCUCAAGGAUCUCAAGAAAGAAUUCUGCUGCAAUGGCACAGUAGUCCAGGAUCCAGAGCUAGGCCAGGUCAUUCAGCUUCAGGGUGAUCAGCGUAAGAAUGUUGCUACUUUCCUAGUCCAGGCUGGGAUUGCGAAGAAGGAGCUCAUCAAGAUCCACGGCUUCUAAGCCGAAGCCGCCUCCGAUAAAUGCCCGAACCGCCAGCCGGUUCUACUCUAUAUUGAAGACUUAAGGCAUCUAUAUUGCCGCCCGCUUGUUGAACCGGUUUCUUGCUUGAUGCAAGUUGUGUUGUCACCUGGUUAUUAUGCUGCUGCUGUACCAGCAUAUCAGUAUGGUUUGUCUAAGAUGUUGCCGACUAAAUAAAAAUCCGUAUCGUUUGGCUA